AUGGCUUGUUACUACAUUGUCAUCAGCUCCACACACCUCAGCAAUGGACACUUCAGGAACAUCAAGGGAGUUUUCCGGGGUCCCCUCAAUAAGAAUGGCAGCAAGAACUUGGAUUACUCACAGAAGGAGAGGACUAUGGCCGAGGCACUUGAGGACCUGAAGGCUCAUUUCUACUGUGAGCUGUGUGACAAGCAGUACUACAAGCAUCAGGAGUUUGACAACCACAUCAACUCUUACGACCAUGCUCACAAACAGAGACUGAAAGAGCUGAAGCAGCGGGAGUUUGCCCGGAACGUGUCCUCCAAAUCCAAGAAGGAUGGCAGAAAGCAAGAGAGAGCACUACGACGUUUACAUGAGCUGGCCGAACAGCGGCGGGAGGUCCAAAGCGCACCUGGUAGUGGACCCAUGUUCCGAUCUACCACUGUGGCCGUGGAGGGAGGCUACAGGGGAGCCGGUGGUGACAGAGCCAGCAGCCGGGCACAGAACAGCACCCAGGAACACACAAUGUGCCCAAAAAUCACCCUAGACACACUUACAGAUAACCCCAGCACCAUUCAGGCCCAGCAAACUCCCAGCAGUGUGGCCGGAAAGUGUGGCCAAAAAAUAUCUUUCUCCUUCCCUAAAAAGGCCUCUGUGAAGCUGGAGUCUUCGGCGGCGGUGUUCUGCCAGGCUGGGGAGGACGGGUCAAGCAGGCAUGCAUGUAGACAGAGACUCAGUGUGCAGCUCAACUCCCCACGGCCUCCCGCUGGCCUCAACUCCCCCAGCCCCCCUGCCAGCGAGAAGGCUCUGCAUAACAAGGGGAAGAUUCACAUUGCAGGCUCACAGGGUCAGGGGUUAACCAAUGCACCAUCGGGGUCAGACAGCUCGAUGCCCCCGGCUGAUUUGUGCGCUAUCCUCGUUUACUCUGAGGAUGUGGCUUUUCCCUGCACAGUCCAAUCCUCCAUGUUUCUCUCCCAUUCAAACACAUUAGAUGACUGUGAACUGGACAUGGUGCAGGGAAGUCUAAAAAGCAACUUGGCUGAACAAAGACAGGAAACUGAGGUGGAACAAGGACAGGGGACAGAGCCUGACAAAAUCAUGUUAGCAGAUAAUGUCUCCCAUAAGGGAGAACACCCAUUGUCGAACUGCGCUAAUCAUUCGAAUGAAGCAAUUUACACUCAACCUCAAGACGAAGACCUAAGUGUGUCAGAGGAUGAGAAAUGGACAGUUGCAAGGCCAUGUAAACCUUUCUGCUCUAUCCUCAGUAGAAAUAGGAAAACGGUGCUCCAGUGGCCCUCUGAGAUGUUGACAUUCACCAGGACAAGCCCAUCUAUUUCCUUCAGCUGCAACCCCCUUCACUUUGACUUCAGAGCCUCCACUAAAAACGCUGGCUGCAGAGUGGUGGAAAGAGAUGUCGAGAAAUCAGCUGAAUUAGCUAAGAAGUUCUGCAGCGAUGAAGCAACCCUGGAAACACGCAAUGGGAAAAUGUCAGAGACCUUUAAUGCUAGCUACACAGAAUUAGAGGAGGAAUCAUUUAACUCAAAGGACUGUUACAGGUCCACACUGGACAGACUGGAGUGGCAUUGCCUCCAACAUCUCCAAGCCCACAGGAAGGCUAUGGACUAUCAAGCGUUCCCUGACAAACUGAAACCAGUUCUAGCCAGCCCGCACAUCCCUGUGUCCUCCCCCGUAGUACUACACCCUGUACAACUCCCUCUACCCUUAUCCACCUCCAUCACCAUCCACCAGACUUUCCUGCAGCACCACACAGACUUCCUCCAGCCACAGCCCCCACUCAUGUCACCUAUCCUCCCCUUCACUCACCUGCCGCUGAGGGCAGAGGUUUGCCCACACGGUCACCCUCCCUUUAUUUACCCAGCCCCAAUUUCGGUCAUGGCACGACCGAGCCUGCACCCCAUGACUAUGUCCUUUCACACCCUGCCUCACACUAUGUUUCCUCAUAUGUUCCCACCUCACCACACUGUCAUCCCCCUACAUCCUCUGUUUUAA